UUGCGAAAUAAUAGAAAGUAAAUUUUUCUAGUUCUCGAAAUGUGGCCGAAAGAGUGACCGACAACGAUGGCCAGUCCGUGAGAGUUGGGCAAUUUAGAAAAACGGUACGGAAAGGGGCAAUCCCGAAAUGGUUUUGGGGACGUUGUCUGGUAGUUCCAGUGAUUGACAGUUCAUGAACGCAGUCGCCUGACCUCGAACGUCAGCUGGUGGCGGCGGACAGAGUGACUUUUCUGGGCAGAAAUGGCGGCGCUAUGCCCAGGUGUUCAGUAUGGUUUGUCUUCGCAACAAAAUUUUGGUGAAAAUAAACAAGUAAUUUUUGUGAAAUUGACGGAUUCCGCUCUACGUGCAAUAGAAGAUUAUGUGAAAAAUCAGAACAAAUUUAGUGUACAAAGUCCACGGAUAAGGUUCCUAGGAAAUGAAAAUGGAGAGCUGUCAGUACCCUCGCAACACGGCAACGGCCAGACCUCGUUCAGCUUCGCCAUGUCCUCGACGACGGACAUGGGGGGCCCGGCGGGCAGCUUCGAGUGCAUCCAGGGCUCGGGGCCCAAGGGGGCGCUCGAGUCGCUCGGCUCCAUCCCCUACAAGAUCAGGGUGAUGGCCAACGAUGACGUGUACGAGGCCACGCGGAAUCGCAUGACCGAAGCGGAGGACAAAUACAAAAACAAGUGCACGCGAGAAAUCAAACCGAACCAGACCGAUAUCGGCCGCAAAGUAAAGAGACAGCCGCCCAUGCCAACCCGACCCGUGCUCCUGCCCGCCUCGCAACAGCCCAACAGGUCCAACAUGCGCGACAGUUUGCUCAAACACCCCGCUCACUCCGCCUACCAGCAACAGCCAUCUCUGCCCCCUGUCGUCAAACAGCAGCAGCAACAAUCCUCGCUGAGCGCGACGCAACAACCCUCCUCCCUGCACACGUCCAACGGCUUGUCCAACGGCCUGGGCAGCAAUCACGUGAGCAGUUCGCAGCGCAGCGGCGCGGCGGGAGGGAUUAUGGCGCAGCAGCACAACAGGAAACCGUCCUUGCCUGACGUCGCGAGGAGACCCUUGAGAGAGCGUCUGAUUCAACUGUUGGCCUUGAGGCCUCUCAAAAAAAUCGAACUUCACGACCGACUCACUAAAGAGGGGCUGCGAGGUGGCAGCAGUAUGACCACGGUGCUCAAGCAGGUCGCCCACAUGAAGGACAACACUUUCCAUUUGAACAGGAACAUGUGGAACGAGGUGAACGAAGACUGGCCAUUUUAUACUGAAACGGAGAAACAGUUACUCAAGAGGCGCAAACCCCAAAACCUGACGCCCCCUGGCGGUAGCGACGGCGGCAGCUCCGGCAGCGGGCAGUCGCCCACCAGCACGCACCCCGGUUCGCCGCCUAUGAUCUCCUCGACCAACGGUGUUCUGGGCAAGAGGCCGGGGUACAACGAGGGCACGGACGGGUUCUCCUACAAGAGGCCUCGCAUAGCGCACGGAGGGAAGACCGCCCUGCCUCAGCACUCCGCUCCGGACAACUUCGGGUAUAAUCGGCAACCACCGUCGGUGCCUGAUCCUAUUUAUUCCAGGUCGCCUGUGGAACAGAACAGUCAAAGGCGGCCGGUUACCGACCUAAGGGACGCUUCCAAUAUGAAUCCAAGAAGUAGAGAAUCGCCUAACAACGGGUAUUAUAACUCCUAUGACAAUCUUCCGCCAGCCGAGGACGAAAGAAAUAAGCGACAGUGUGAUAGCGCCAAUAGUUUGACAUUUGGAGUAAGCAGAGAAAAGGCAUUCAGGAGCGGGUCUCCAAUAAAUAAUCGUCAUCCAACCGACGACAUGCGACGUAGCACAAAUAGUCCUAUUCCUCAAUCAAAUCCAAUGUCCAAUGGUAGGGACAAAGACAGACGGAACAAUAACACUAAGGUUACUUCAAGUAGUCAAAGGAUAGCCAGGGUGAGUCCCGAUAGCCAGACUGAAGGCCUGCCAGUAGCCGUGACGGAUAAGUCUCCAGUGCAGGGCCCCAAGGAAUGUUUGACAGUCGAAGAAGAGUUUCCUGAUUAUAAAAAGCAUUACGUUACCAUAACGAACGUUGAUCAAAAAAGGGCAUACAAAGCCGAUUUCAACGCAGAUUACGCCGAAUACAAGGGCCUGUAUCCUUUGGUAGAGAAGGUAUCCAAAAGGUUCGAGCAGCUAGAAGCGAAAUUGAAGUUGGAAGGUGAACAUAGCCCUAAAUAUAAAGACAUUAAGAAACAAAUCGUACGCGAGUACCAGGAAAUGAAGAAGAACCUCGAACACCAACGUGCCAAGAUCCGCUUCGAAUACCUGCACAAGAAGCUGUCGCACAUCAAGAAACUGGUCAGCGACUACGACCAGGCGCCCGCGGUGCACUGUUAGCCCUACUCGUCCAACCAAUCGAUCCAGGAGAGAAUAAAUCGGGCAGAAUAUACGCGGUGGAACGAAACUUCGAUGACAUAUCCGUCGAUGAUGCGUGCGACGGUACUUUUUGGUACUACGACUGCUACUUUUCGCAGCGCGCAUAUCUUUUUCCGUCUCUGUUUUAUUGUCCUGCGAGAAUCUUCCGCAGUUAUUAUGGAUAGUCUUCUUCGCUCUGUCUUUCUCCAAAAGCGAAAUUUGCCGGACACAAUUUGAUUGACUCUACUAUAUUCCAUAUUUGUGGCUUCCUUUCGUUAUAUAAAGAAUGUUCAGUGAUCUUUCAGCGUUACGUCAUCAUUAUUUUUCAAAUGUAAGUUUCGGGGUGUGUCUGAAAUCAGUUCAUAUUGUUUAGAAAAUUUUAAGUACGUUCCUAAAAUAUUAUUUGAGCGAGUUCCGUUUUUUUUCCGGCAUUUAUUAAUUUUGAUUGUGUUUUAAUAGCAGAUUUUUUCAACUAAUUGUACCGGUAAUAAAAAUAAAUCCAUGGAAAGAACUAAGGGCUAUACCAUGAUGCUCUUUAAUGCUCUGUAAGUUCAGAACUACACAAAAUAAAUCAUUGAUUGUACUUACAAAAUAUUGAACAAUAUUGAGUUUAUCCCUCUGUUUUUGCCGCAGUUGUAGAUUUGACCAAAAAAAAAUAUAAAUAAAACUCUAAAGUUGGGCAACAGCACGGCUACGUCGAAGCACUGGUUUGGUUAGGUUGUUAGUGUUGACACACACUGCUCAUUCACGCCGGUUCAAGGCCGGAUGAGAUCGGAUAUCUCACGAGUAAGAGUCGAUUUAGACACUCGCCACUCGGUAGGCCAUUGACCAUGAUAUGGCCGAAGACCGCAAUUCGGAUUCCAUGUGAACAAAGUAAAAUGAGUAAAAUUAUAGGCUCAAAUAAAUGACAAUUACCAGAGACACAAUAUGUAGUAAUUUACGAAAUGACGUAAACAAUCUCUUUCAUCUAGUUGAGGGACGAAGUAAAGGUCAUACAAAAUAAAAAACCUUACUGAUCUAUUGUGCGUUCUAUCUUUCUGUUACAACCUGGCAACAAUGUUGUCUAAAAUGUAAGCACGUGCUCGAUGACGUGCAACGGUUUUUAAUUUGUAUGGCCUUUACAAAAAUAUAAGACAUAACGUUGGAUGAUCGCUGAAAAUUCUUUGUUUUAAAAUACGUAGUCUGAACUAAGGACUGAAAAUAAUAUUCUUGGUUUGACGUAUCAAAAUACUCAGCUGCUUCAGUAAAUGAAUUAAGCUUUUUUAUUUAAUUUUUUUAAAUUACAAGGACAUUAUAUCCAUUAUUUUUUUAUAAACUUUGUCAAAGUCCAUUCUUGCAUAUUGCUGCAGGAAAUAAAUCACUAAACUGCUGUUGAAAUUAAUAUACUGUACUGGACACCAUAUCGCCGUGGUGUAUAAGUGACAGACAGAGGUAUAAGUGACAGACAGAGAGACAAAAUAAAAAGCGGCAUACAGUAUUGCCGGAUUUUACUGGCGUAGGUAGGGCUAAGAAUAAAAAUACUACCGAAAAGAAGAUAGUAUAUAUCUAAGCUAAAUAUAAUCUACUAGUUGAAGCCUGGCGCAUCCGUCACGAGAUCAGGAAAAAAAUACUUUUUAUUAUUUUUUUUAAAUGGAAAACAAAAAAUCCGGC